AUGGAAAUUUUUUUGUUCUGGCUUCUCCCCUCUCUGUUUUCAACCUCUGCGGAGGUGAACGCGAAACCCUUGGGUGUUGUUGUUUGGCACGGCAUGGGGGAUUCUGGUUUCGGCAGUGGCGUCAAGCGUCUGUGUCGGAUGAUAAUGGAUGAGAUACCGGGGACCUACGUUCUCGAUGUUAAAAUCGGUUCUUCUGGUUUUUUUGACCGCUUGAACUCCUUCUUCAUGCCCGUGAACAAACAGCUAAAUAUCGUUUGCGAAAUGAUCCACUCCGAUCCCAACCUCUCCGGUGGUUUCCACCUGAUUGGAUUCUCACAGGGUGGCCUUUUUGUUCGUGCCUUGGCGCAGCGAUGCCCUCCUCCGAAGCUCGGAUCAGUUAUAUCGAUCGGCGGACCACAGCAAGGUGUCUUCGGUGUACCCUUCUGUCCCAACGCCACUAGCGUACCUUUCUGCAAUUCCUUCCUCAAAGGGCUCUCCCGGGCGGCCUACACCGCUUUUAUCCAGUCACACUUUGUUCAAGCUCAGUAUUGGCAUGAUCCAUACAAUGAAACCCUAUACAGAGAAAAGAGCCAAUUCCUUGCUGAAAUAAAUCAGGAAAAGGUGCAGAAUCAGACGUACAAGAACAAUCUGCUAAGGGCAUCCAAUUUGGUUUUGGUCCGAUUCAUGCAUGAUGUAACCGUCAUUCCUGGGGCUUCAGAGUGGUUUGGGUUCUACCGUUCGGAUAAGCCUGAAGAUGUCUACGACAUUAAGGAAAGCAAGCAAUAUAAAACGGACAGCCUCGGUUUGAAGACAUUAGAUGAACAAGGACGCCUUCACCUUAUUCCACUCCCGGGAUACCACCUUCAGUUCUCUGAUGAGUGGUUUCGCAAGGUCAUUAUCAGGCAGUUCCUCAAAAACCAAGCCUAG